AUGUCAAUAGUUGCCUUUUAUAGAAAGAAAGACGAGAAAAUAGAAGUUUUGAAACAUCCAGAAUGGGAAUAUGAUUAUAUUAUUGUGGGAGGAGGAACUGCUGGGUCGGUCGUUGCCAGCAGGUUAUCAGAAAAUCCUCAUAAUAAAGUACUAUUAUUAGAAGCUGGAGGCAAUGAAAAUGUAUUUUCCCAAAUACCUAUUUUGGGUGCAGCUUUUCUACAAACUUUAAUGGAUUGGAAUUAUGUAACCGAACCUCAGAAGUUUGCUUGUUUCGGUUUCCAAGGCCGAUCCGCAAGAUGGUCGCUAGGGAAAGUGUUAGGUGGCUCCAGCUCCAUCAAUUUCAUGUUAUACAGUAGAGGGAAUCGACGAGUCUUCGAUCGUUGGGCUCGAGGAGGAGCGCAUGGAUGGAGUUGGGCAGAAGUAUUUCCUUACUUCCUUAAGUCUGAAGAUAAUAGGGAUAUCAAUGUUCUAAGGAACGGAUACCACGCAUCAGGAGGUUAUCAAACAGUUUCUUCUCCGAAUUAUAUAACUCCUUUAGGAAAAGCAUAUAUGGAAUCUGUUAUAUUAAAUGGUCAUACCAUGAGAGACUUUAAUGGACCUAUUCAAACAGGUUUUGCUUUUCCCCAAGCGUUUAGAAGGAAUGGAAGAAGAUGUAGCAGUAAUAAAGCAUUUCUACAGCCAGUGAAAGAUCGUCCUAAUUUAACAAUUUUAUUGUUUUCGUUUGUAACUAAGAUUGUUUUUGAUCAAUAUAAAGUUGCUAGAGCUGUUCGUUUCGAACGUUUCGGUAGAUCUUUCAUUGUGUAUGCUAGAAAGGAAAUCAUAGUGUCUGCAGGCGUUGUUAACUCUCCAAAACUUCUAAUGCUAUCAGGCAUUGGACCUAGAGAAGAUUUACACAGACUAGGGAUUCCAGUAAUUUCUGAUCUGCCAGUCGGAUAUAAUCUGAAUGAUCACCUAAUAACAUAUGGAAUGGACUUCUUAGUUGACGUUCCUUACACAUAUGUCCUUCAUCGCCAGUUUAAGCCAAUAAACUUCGCCCAAUAUUUUAAACAUGGAACAGGACUUUUGACAGUGCCUGCAGGCUUCGAUGUCACGGGAUAUAUUGAUUCAAAAUAUGCAAAUAAAUCAAAUGAUUAUCCGGACAUCGAGAUUAACUUUUUUUCUUUCACUGCAGCAUUUGAUGGUGGAAAAAUUUUUCGUUGGGUUCUUGGAUUGAACCCAGAGAUAUGGGAACGUUGUUAUAAACCAUUUUCUUACCGAGAAGCAUUUGCUAUAGCACCUAUUUUAAUCCGUCCUAAAAGUCUAGGAUAUAUAAAAUUAAGGACUGCAAAUCCUCAUGAUCAACCCAUCAUCCAACCUAAUUAUUUAUCUAAUUUUGAAGAUGUUUUAGCUCUAGUUGAUGCCUUGAAGGAAAUUCUUAGGUUUGGUAAUUCAAUAGCGUUAAAAAAAUACGGAGCUCGAAUAUUUCCAAGAAGAAUUCCUGGAUGCGAAAAAUACGUACAAUUUAGUGAUGAAGAUUUGCAUUGCAUAGUAAGAACUUUAAGUACAACUUCAUAUCAUGCAGUGGGAACAUGUAAAAUGGGUGCAAUUGAAGAUCCAACUACAGUACUGGAUCCCAAACUUAGAGUAAAGGGAGUAUCGAGAUUAAGAGUUGUUGAUGCAUCAAUUAUGCCAAUUACGGUUUCAGGGGCUCACAAUGCAGCAGUACUUAUGAUCGCUGAAAAAGCAUCUGAUAUGAUACGCAAAACCCAAAAAUUCUGGUAG